AUGGUUUUUAGAUUAGAGCAUAUUCUCUUAAUUAUAAUAAAAAUAUUAUCCAAAAUAUAUGGAUUGUCUCAAAAUCCAGAUACAAAAGAUUAUAUUAUAGUUUUAGGUUAUGCAAGUGGAGGAAGUUUAUAUUAUCAUUUAAAUAAAAAUUAUGAUAAAUUUAAUUGGACAUAUAAAUUACAUUUAACAUUGAAUAUUAUUACGGGACUUAAAAAUAUUCAUCAAAAACAAAUGGUUCAUCAUAUGGGAUUAUGUGGAGAAGUCGGUAAUAUAAAAGAUGAAAGCAAAAUUUAUGGAGUUAUACCUUAUGUAGCGCCUGAAGUGUUAAAAGGUAAACCUUAUACUCAAGCAGCAGAUAUAUGCAGUCUUGGCAUGAUUAUGUAUUUUAUAGCAACUGGAAAACAACUUUUUGCCAAUUGUGCACAUGAUGAGUUUUUAGUAUUAAAUAUAUGUAAUGGAAUUAGAUCUGAAAUAAACGAGUCAGAAAUACCAAAAAUUUACAUUGAUAUAAUGAAGAAGUGUUGGGAUUCAAAUCCAAAUAAUAGACCAAGUGUUAUUGACUUAGAAAAAUCGAUUAAUUCAUUUUAUCCUGCUUUUGGGUACUUUAUAGAUAAGGAAAUUAAAAAGCAAUUUGAAAAAGCAGAAGAAUAUAGAAAAGCAAAUCUUUUAUCUAUUGAAAGUAAUCAAUCAACUACUCAUCCAGAAGCUUAUUACAGAUCUCGAUUACUUAAUCCAUUUACAAAAAAACUUUAUUCAAUGGAAGUUAUUGACUUCACAAAGUAA